AUGAAGAUCUGUUUGAUGAUCGUAGUUGCUGCUGCUCUUGCUGGUAACAGCUGGGCAUUGGAUAAAUGCUCAGUAGUGGAAGCCUUCCGAAACAGUGGGCUUGCUGGCAUAAAGGGUUAUAAAUUGGAGGACUUUGUCUGCUUGGCUUAUCAUGCGAGUCGAUACGAUACCUCACUGCAUAGAAGCCCAACAGAGUAUGGCAUAUUCCAGAUCAACAGCUACUGGUGGUGCGACGAUGGAAAAACCCCAGGACGCAAGAAUUGGUGUCGAAUGCCAUGCACAGAUUUGUUAGAUACAGACAUAGAAGAUGAUGUGAGGUGUGUAAAAAGAAUUGUGAGUGAUCCCAAUGGUCUGGAAGCUUGGUAA